AUGUACCCCGUUGGCCAACCUCCAGCGGGGGAGACCAGUGCUGGUGCGGUGGGUGUGUCAGGGGCUGUGAGUGCAGCAGCAGGCACAACAGGUACCGCUCCAGGAGCACCUAGUACCGCGCCAGCAACAGGUGCGCCUCCAGCUGGUGUAACAAGCGGAACAGGCGGACUAUCGCUCGUUUCUCCUGCAGCUCCACCACCUCCCGAUCUACCUGUUCUAACAUGCCCUCGCCGACCUAAUUUAGGCCAUGAAGGCCGGCCGAUUAUGCUUCGUGCCAAUCAUUUUCAAAUAUCAAUGCCAAGGGGAUUUGUCCAUCAUUAUGAUGUUAAUAUACAACCUGAUAAGUGCCCUAGAAAAGUAAAUAGAGAAAUUGUUGAAACUAUGGUACACUGUUACAAUAAGAUAUUUGGUGCUCUAAAGCCUGUAUUUGAUGGUAGGAACAAUUUGUACACAAGAGACCCAUUGCCUAUUGGCAAUGAUAGAGUGGAACUGGAAGUUAUUUUACCUGGUGAAGGAAAAGAUAGAGUAUUCCGUGUCACGAUUAAAUGGGUUGCUCAGGUAUCAUUAUUUGCACUAGAAGAAGCUUUGGAGGGUCGAACAAGACAGAUUCCAUAUGAUGCAAUCCUUGCUUUGGAUGUAGUGAUGAGACACUUGCCAUCAAUGAUGUACACUCCAGUUGGCAGAUCUUUCUUCUCCUCUCCAGAAGGAUAUUACCACCCUUUGGGGGGUGGUAGGGAGGUCUGGUUUGGUUUUCAUCAGUCCGUUAGGCCAAGUCAGUGGAAAAUGAUGUUGAAUAUUGAUGUGUCUGCAACUGCAUUUUACAAAGCCCAACCAGUUAUAGAGUUCAUGUGUGAAGUAUUAGAUAUAAGAGAUAUAAAUGAACAGAGAAAGCCUUUGACAGAUUCUCAAAGAGUUAAAUUUACCAAAGAAAUAAAGGGACUCAAGAUUGAAAUAACCCAUUGUGGGACUAUGAAGAGAAAAUAUAGAGUAUGUAAUGUUACUCGGAGACCAGCACAAAUGCAAUCUUUUCCUUUGCAACUGGAGAAUGGCCAAACAGUAGAAUGUACUGUAGCAAAAUAUUUCCUGGAUAAAUACAAGAUGAAACUCAGAUAUCCACAUCUUCCAUGUCUCCAAGUGGGACAAGAACACAAACACACAUACUUACCCCUUGAGGUGUGCAACAUAGUGCCUGGUCAACGAUGUAUCAAAAAACUAACUGACAUGCAAACAUCCACUAUGAUCAAAGCCACAGCUCGUUCAGCACCUGAUAGAGAGCGCGAGAUCAACAACCUGGUGCGGCGCGCGAACUUCAACACGGACUUGUACGUGAAGGAGUUUGGACUGACCAUCUCCAACAACAUGAUGGAGGUGCGCGGGCGCGUGCUGCCGCCGCCCAAGCUGCAGUACGGCGGGCGCGUCUCGUCGCUCGGAGGACAGCAAGCGCUGCCCAACCAGGGCGUGUGGGACAUGCGCGGCAAGCAGUUCUUCAUGGGCGUGGAGAUACGCGUGUGGGCCAUCGCCUGUUUCGCGCCGCAGCGGACGGUGCGGGAGGACGCGCUCAAGAAUUUCACGCAGCAGCUACAGAAGAUAUCGAACGACGCGGGCAUGCCGAUCAUCGGGCAGCCGUGCUUCUGCAAGUAUGCGACGGGGCCGGACCAGGUCGAGCCCAUGUUCAAGUAUCUCAAGUCUACCUUUGUUCAGCUGCAGCUCGUCGUGGUAGUGCUACCUGGGAAGACACCCGUUUAUGCCGAAGUGAAAAGGGUGGGCGACACAGUGCUGGGCAUGGCCACGCAGUGCGUGCAGGCCAAGAACGUGAACAAGACGUCGCCGCAGACGCUCAGCAACCUCUGCCUCAAGAUCAACGUCAAGCUCGGCGGUAUCAACUCCAUACUGGUGCCCUCGCUGCGUCCCAAAGUAUUCAACGAGCCCGUGAUCUUCCUGGGCGUGGACGUGACGCACCCGCCGGCCGGCGACAACAAGAAGCCGUCCAUCGCCGCGGUGGUGGGCUCCAUGGACGCGCACCCCUCGCGCUACGCCGCCACCGUGCGCGUGCAGCAACACAGCAUUACUUCCAGACAAGAGAUAGUGCACGAGAUGAGCAGCAUGGUGCAAGAGUUGCUCAUAAUGUUCUACAAGAGCACGGGCGGGUUCAAGCCGCACCGCAUCAUCAUGUACCGGGACGGCAUCUCUGAGGGGCAGUUCAUACACGUGCUGCAGCAUGAGCUCACGGCAGUGCGGGAGGCCUGCAUCAAGUUGGAAGCUGAAUACAAGCCGGGCAUCACAUUUAUAGUGGUGCAGAAGCGGCACCACACGCGGCUGUUCUGUGCCGACAAGAAGGAGCAGUCGGGCAAGUCCGGCAACAUCCCCGCCGGCACCACCGUCGACCUCGGCAUCACGCACCCCACGGAGUUCGACUUCUACCUCUGCAGCCACCAGGGCAUACAGGGCACGUCCCGGCCGUCGCACUACCACGUGCUGUGGGACGACAACCACUUCGGGUCGGACGAGCUGCAGUGCCUCACGUACCAGCUGUGCCACACGUACGUGCGCUGCACGCGCUCCGUGUCCAUCCCCGCGCCCGCCUACUACGCUCACCUCGUGGCCUUCCGCGCGCGCUACCACCUCGUGGAGAAGGAGCACGACUCGGGCGAGGGCAGCCACCAGUCCGCCUGCAGCGAGGACCGCACGCCCGGCGCCAUGGCGCGCGCCAUCACCGUGCACGCCGUCACCAAGAAGGUCAUGUACUUCGCC